AUGUCUUACCCGACCAUCGUACGGACACCAAUCUACGUGUCAAACCCCGCCAUUGUAUCGACACCGACCAUCGUGCGAACUCCAACCUAUCCUGCCGCCACCGCUUCUACCACCAAAUCAUUCCCCCUGACGUCCCUACCAGGAGAGCUCCGCAACAUGAUAUACCGCCAAGCACUCGUCUUCGAUACCAAGACACCCUUUUCCAAGGAGGACAUCUCCGAACGGACAGCGCCCCUCCGCGCAUCACACAAGCUCCGAGAAGAAGCUACAAACAUCUUCCUCGCCGAGAAUCACUUCUUCGUCCAAGUCGACGGCACCGAGGACCCAAGCGGCGUGCUGCGGUGGGUGGAGUUGAUAGGGCCGGAGCUGGCUGCUCGGAUUAAGCAUCUCACCCUCGUCACUUGUGAGGAGGACUACGGGGUCGAUUUGCAGGCGAAGAGCCGCAUCGACAGACCAACAUGCAAGCUUUCCGAUGCUCUCGUGAGCGCGGGCGUUCCGAAGCAGAAGAUUCACCAAGAGGAUCCACCGGAUCUAGAGAGCAGAGUCUCGGUCCGAGCGAUGGGACUCAUCGACCAGCAGGUUGGUAAGGUCGAAGACGAGAUGAAGCGGGAUUUGGAGGAACUAUCGAGGCGUCUCGACGUCCUAGAACGCAGAGCGGAGUUGCAGUCCGAUUGUCGACGUAUCUUGGCGCAUAGUAUGCGAGGAAACACGACCAGCUGA